AUGUCUUUCCAAUUCUACGGAGGUGAAACUUCAAGUGACGAUUUCGACGAUGAUUCCGCGGUCUCAAGUUCCUCGUCGUCCCAUGGAAGCGGAUCCGAGACUGAUAUAACUCCGUUUCGAACAAGUCAUAAGCGUCGACGACCUACACAGACACAAUGGCUGGGCAACGACCAUACGUCGCACGUGACAGAAUUAGACAAGCGUUUCAUGGGAGUAGCAUCUAUCGAGGAAUUUGACCGAAGCAAGCGUCUUUUUAAAAACAGUAGAGCAAACAGUUACGAUAUUCAGCACCACAAGACUACACCAACUGACCCAAAGGGUAACGAAAGACCACUCAAUGGCCAGACUAGUGUUGAUUUCGAAUCCUUCUUGAACGAAAAUGCGGAUUUCUUGCCCGAUUCGAACUGGGAAGUUGAAUUCCUCCUACACCAGGCGGAGGUUAUGGCCAAAGCUGCGGCUAUAUCAGAACGUAGAUUCUACGACGACACAUUUUCAGACGAUGAUGAGGAACCGUGGCACCCUUAUGACCCAGACUACGAUCAGUACCGUGAGCUCCCGGAUCUUGAUGCAGUUGACAGUGGAAGUGAUUUCCUAGACUGUGCAUCCAAAUCAAUAACUGUGUGCUUUGGUAUUAUCCACAAAGUGGCAGUAAGAAUAUUGCCACAAGCGCCGUCGCCCCUGCAGAGACUACUUGAAGACCAAGGCAAUCCCAAUCUGCAAUUAUUUGAGGUCGUUCAAGAAGAGAAAAGCAUGGUGUAUAUUCUGAAACCUCCCGGGUCAGGACUUUCAAAUCCAGCUAGUAGUAUUGCCGUUGUAAAUACACGACAUGGUAGCAUUCUGUCACAGCUGACAAGUAGUUACUUUUGUUUCUUCGAGGCGUGCUCACCUGCCAAAAAUUGGAGUAGUAUUGCGGAAGGUACGAUCGGGAAAGACACACACGAAUUGAUUGAUCUUAUCAUUUAUGGCCCAAAUCAAUCCGUCGAAGAUGUUGGCAACUUUCUAAACUCUGAAAGCAUUUUCUUACAAGUUCCGGACUAUCAAAACUCAGCUUAUGGCUACAAUAAUCCGCACAUGCUUGACUUUGGCGAGUUGCUCAAUCACAAUGUCGAAGAUGGCGCAUCAGGUAAAAGUUUCUGUGCUCUGGGUGCUUUAUUACCUGACAACAAUGACAUCGCAACCAACUCACAAGCACUUCUGAAGAAAAAAGUCGAGCUAGCAUUCAGAAAAACUACAAGAUCUGAGAAUUUGAAGCGUGUCAAAAUCGAUUGCGGAGUAAUCCGUACACCGUUGAAAUCAUAUCAAGAAGAGGCUCUAGAUUUUAUACAGCAGAGAGAGACUGGCCCUAUUCCCGAAGAAUAUCGUCUAUGGAAGUCAGUUGAUGGUAGCCCUGAUAGCUUAUGUACACACACGGUCACCGGAGAGAAAGUUGCGGACGUCCCGCCUGAAACUGGAGGAGGCAUUUUAGCUGACGAAAUGGGUCUAGGAAAGACUUUGACAAUGCUUUCGGCUAUUGCUAAGACUGUUGACGAAGCUGCCCGUUUUGCUAAGGGCAAGGAUACUUUGAAGAAUUCUAGUGUCGGCUCCACACUCGUACCAUCGAAAGCAACUCUUGUUAUUGUUCCAUCUCCUUUAUUGUUGAACGAAUGGGAGCAAGAGAUAAAAGAACAUUGCAUUAGUUUCUCUAACAUUAUUAUAUAUCAUGGCCACGGAAGAACAGCCAACGAAAACUUGCUCGCAGAUGCAGAUAUCGUCUUAAGCACUUACCAUACACUCGCUCACGAGUCGCAUGAUAAAACAAGCCCUAUGUGGAAAAUAAAUUGGUUUCGCGUUAUCCUCGACGAAGGCAAGUCUCACAUUAUUCGGAGAAUGUCGACAAAGCUAUUCAAAGCCAUGAAGAAGCUUACCGCAAACUAUCGCUGGUGUUUGACUGGUACACCUGUACAGAAUACAUUGGAAGAUUUCGUUGCACUGAUUUCGUUCAUCGGAGCAUCGCCACUCGACAACAUACAUCAUUUUCGAAAAUUCAUUAUUUCACCCUUAAUGAAACAUACGGAAAGCGGUGUGGAUAACCUCCGACAGCUUCUAGAUUCUAUCUGUCUGCGCCGGACUAAAGAAUUGCUGAACCUACCACACGUAAUUGAGGAUCUUCAAACCCUUACGUUUUCCGCAAGAGAGCAGCAGCACUACUCCUUGACCCGUGAGAAGUUGAUUAAGCUUAUCAAGCUAAACACUUUGCAGCCCAAAAGCAAUAAAAAGGGAUAUCUGGGAGUUUUUCAAUUGCAACUUCAACUUCGUCGUCUGUGCAAUCAUGGAACAUUCCAAAAAUCCACACUCGGCACCGAAGAAUUCGACCCUCAACAAGCAAUGGCCCAUCUCAAGAAGAGCAAGCAGGCUGACUGCGAGGUAUGCAAUAUUAAAAUCACAGGCAUCCAAGGAAUUGAAGAGAAAAGGAGUGGCAACUUCACUGUCUGUGGUCACUUGUUAUGCAGAAAGUGCGAGACAAAACUAAAGGCAGGCCUCAAGCCUGUUGAAGGAAAAGAAAAUUGCUCACAAUGCUCUUUAUGCUCGGAGACCAUAUUCGGCGAUUACAUGGUGGAGGAAGAAAGCCUCUCAAAAUCAUCUAAACGUGGCACGAGACAUUUGUCACCGUGGCAAUAUUUUGACAAAGAUGGGUUCUCUACGAAGGUUUCUGCGGUGCUGGCUGAUAUUGAGCGGAAUAGAGAUGUUGAUGGGAAGUGCAUCAUUUUUUCCUGCUGGACGAGAUCUCUGGAUCUUGUUGGCAUCUUCCUGAAACACCGAAACAUUCCCUUUGUCCGGAUAGAUGGCUCUCAUUCUACCGCCGUGCGGAAAUUGAUACUAGCGGACUUUCAGAACAACAUCGGGUACAAAAUUCUGCUGAUGACUACCGGAACUGGUUCGAUUGGGCUGAACUUGACAGUCGCCAAUUGCGUAUACCUCCUCGAACCACAAUGGAAUCCGAUGGUGGAAAAUCAGGCAAUUGCAAGAGUAUUGAGGUUAGGACAGACGAGAAAUGUCAGGGUGGUACGAUAUGUAAUGAAAGAGACGAUCGAAGAGAAAGAGCUACGCACCCAGCAGAUUGAGAAGCUUAAAUAUGCCAAAAUGGGCUGGAAAGAGGGUAGCUAG